AUGGUAAAACUUUGUGACAACCAUUGGAAUCCAUCCCAUGACGAACUGGCCAAAAUCUGUAUUAACGACGGGGAAUGGCAACCAGAAGAACCUGUGAUUACCUCCAAAGAAGACGACGUUAAAAAGGGGAAAGGGCUACCGUGUUCCUUUUGCAAUGACACGUUCAGAAGAAUGUCUGAUCUGAUGAGGCAUAAAAUACAUUGCGAACACAGACCACCGUCAACACUGCCAUCGACAUCAUCAGAACCACCCGUCAAGCGUCAGCGUACGAUCAAUCAGGUGGGAGGGAUCGGCUCUGCUGCUGCUGCUGCUACCUCGACUACUUCAUCUACCCCCUACGUGUUUACAAAGAAAAGUGUGAGGAUUCACAAGAAAACAAAGGCAGUCGACACGACGUACGAACUUAAAUUUAAAGAUCAGUGGAAAGGGAAAAAACUCAAACAUUUACACAAUGAUCUACAUGACAUGUUUCAAGACGUUUUGGAAGAAGCUACUCUCGGUUUGGAAGGCAGAGACAUUGGACGAGUGAUUCUCCACCACGAUGCCCUGAAUUCGCCGAUCGUCGUGCCCUUGCAACCCUUGGCCGAACUGAAUGCUGAUGUCAUCCUAGGGUACAUCGAAAAAGUACUACAGAGCCACGAAGAUUUACCGUUGGAUGCAUCUUUCAACAUUCAGAUCGGCACCAUUCAAAUCCCUCGAGGAGGAAGAUCUGGUACCACACUAACAGAUCUCACUAGUCCGGACAAUUCAAUCCACCUAAAAACGUCUCUUGUGAAAAUCGUGAACGACGACGAUUUAUGCAUGUCCCGUGCGGUCGGCGUGGCAUGGGCCAAAGUCAUCUGUAUAUCAAACAAGGACUGGCAGGAGCUCGUGGGAGGUCCCUACCCAAAGACCACCCGCAUCGAGUUGAUUCUUCAACACAAGAAAUGCGCCCAGGUAUUUUACAAAGAUGUUACACACAAGAAACGCCGAGAGCAGAAAAAAAUGGCUCUGAAAUUAUGCGAACUGGCAGGUGUGCCCACCGACCGUCCAUGCAGUUUGAAUGACAUUCCUGCCUUCGAGAACGUCCUGGGAUGCCAAAUUCUUGUGGUGAGUGCAGAACUGGGUAAUAAAUUUCUACGAGUGGGCGACCAGACGUCGCAAUCGCCUAAACUGUUUCUGUACUUUGUGGAGCAGCCAAGACCACAUUUUCACGCCAUUGUCAACAUUACUGGCUUCUUUUCGGCGUCCUACUUUUGUCAACAUUGUCUAAAACCAUACAAUAACAAGACACACCAUUCCUGUGCUUUUACCUGCAUUGUGUGUCAUAGCCAGAACUGUCCCGAGACCGAAGUCCAGAUAACGUGCCUCCAUUGUCACGUCACCUGUCGAUCGCCGGAAUGCUUUUGGCGACACAAACAGAAAAAAGACAAGAAGGGACAUACCAUCCCUUCCAAGUGUGAGAGUUUCUGGAGAUGCACCAUCUGCAAAAAAAUGCUUAAUAGAAGUGAGAGGGAUCCUAAACUUCACACUUGUGGGGAAUGGAAAUGCCCCUGUUGGAACAGCCACGUGGAUCAAGGCCAUCUCUGUUAUCAGCCUCCAAAAGAAAUCAACGACGCCCAUACCAAGGUCAUCUUCUACGAUUUCGAAUGCCGUCAGGACGAAUUGUUGCAAUGCAAUGAAGGUUACUCACCAAUUGAAGUGUGUCCCACUUGCCCCGGAAAUAACUGCCGUCAUCAGGCUCGGUGUCAGCAUUGCCAGCAAUCGUGGUGUGGCAAACAUCAACACGUACCAAACUACUUGGUGGCGCAGACGUCGUGUGAAGCGUGUAAAAACCAAUCUACCACAGACACAUCCAAAUGCCACGCAUGCGGGUCAAGAUGUCCCUCUUGUAACAAACGUGACAAGAAGAAGAAACAGUACUUGAAACAACCAUGUGACAAUACGUGUGGAUUCCGUCAAGUCAUCUUUCAAGGGGACGGUGCCCACAUCCAAUUUGGCCAAUGGUUGUUUCGAGACAACCACAAAGGUUUCACGGCUGUCGCCCACAACAACAAGGCAUAUGAUGCCUACUUUAUCCUCGAGUACAUGAUCGACCAGUCCAUGUAUCCGCAGAAAAUAAUCUAUAAUGGCUCCAAAAUCAUGUACUUGCAACUGGAGAGGGGGCUUAACAUCAGAAUCAUCGACAGUUUAAAUUUUCUUCCCAUGAAGCUGGCUGCUUUGCCCAAGUCCUUUGGUUUAACAGAGCUCAAGAAAGGAUAUUUUCCGCAUUACUUUAAUACCAGGGGAAAUCAAAACUACCACGGACCGUUUCCAGACCCUGAGACGUAUGGUGUUAACUACAUGUCGUCCAAGGAGAGAACAGAAUUUCUGAAGUGGCAUGCUGAACAACAGGGUAUGUUCGACUUUCAGAGAGAAAUGAAAGAUUAUUGUAUGUCCGAUGUCACUGUACUCCGAUAA